UCAGCGGGUCUCUCCCCACCUGAAGGCAUCAGCUGGGUGUCAGAAGCCGGGCGCUCACCUUGUUCCGCCUUCGGAGCAGAGAGCCAGCACUUGCCGCUCCAUUGCUCCUUCUGCCACUAACGGGUGCCGUCUGGACUCUUCCAGGUUCCAUCCCCCCUCCAUCCUCGGCACCAUGGGGAGUGCUGCGGCCACGGCGAAGCUCCUGCGCCUUGACCAGUUCAAGUGCAAGGAAGCCCUGGCGGUGGCUGCCUCUUAUGCCGGUGCCCCACUGGCCAAUGCAGCCACGCAGACCAAGCCACUUCACAUGGGCAACGCCAGCCGGCACGGUGUGGAAGCGGCCCUCCUGGCAUCCCUGGGCCUGCAAGCCAACAAGCUGAUUCUGGACCUCGAGUCGGGCUUCGGGGCCUUUUACACGGACUACCUGCCCCAAACCCUGCCCAGCCUGCAGUCCUACUCUUGGCUGUUGGACCAACAAGACGUGGCCUUCAAGAGCUUCCCAGCACAUCUGGGGACACACUGGGUGGCCGAAGCCGCCCUGGCGGUAAGGAAGCACCUUGCCCGGAGUGGAGAGUCCCUGCCCAGCGGCCGCAUCAAGGCCAUCGUGCUUGAUAUUCCCAACAUUGGAUACGUUGAUCGGCCAUUUCCUUCCUCAGAACACGAGGCCAGGCACUCCUUCCAGCUGGCUGCCUGCUCAGCGCUGCUGGAUGGCGCCAUCUCGGCCAAAUCCUUCACGCCGCAGAGCCUCUCCAGGCCAGAGUUGAGCGAACUGCUCCGAAAGACCCGCCUGGAGCAUUCUCCGGACAAUCUCCCCAGCUUCAACAGCCUUUACUGUGAAGCCAAAGUCAUCCUCCAGGACGGAGCCACCUGGGCAGAGCGUUGUGAUACCUUCUAUGGGCACUGGAGGAAGCCCCUGAGCCGUGGGGAUUUGGUGAAGAAGUUUCACUCCAACGCCGUGGUGGCGGUCCCCCGAGAAGUGGCCGAAGGCAUUGUAGAAGCAGUUGAUCAGCUGGACACCCUGGAAGAUUGCAGGGCGUUGUUUUCACUUCUUCAAGGAGCAGAGCUGGCCAAGGGUCAGCGGCAACACAGGAGGGAGACCUUGUGAAGCCUGCCUGCUCCCAGACGGUCCCGCCUAGCCGUGCCUGUUCAGUUUGCUUUUAAUUGUCAGCCACAGCCCCACACAGUAUUAUCCGACCUUCGCUCAUUCCUGUCUAACCUGAGGGGGCUUCCUUGUGGGGCAGCUGCUCCUUGAGGGCCAGAGCACCGGCUGGCUUUCCCGUGCGGCAGAUAAGACCACUUAUUUGCACCUCCUACCUGGACACGAAUUGUUCUUCUUGCAUUUACGUCAUGUAUUAUCUAAGAGGUGUCAGCUUGUGUGUAAGAGCUGUGGCUUUUCUCAGUGUGCUUAUAAAUAUCCUGUAGUGAGAACCAC